AGAGACGACCGGAGACCGUCAGCCAGCCAACACGCCCGUGCCCGUAUAUACGUACCGAGGAAACGACACUCCGCCACCGCCGCCUUUUGCGUGUCUAAUACAUUAAUUGACAACGCCCUUAGUUAAUCAUUUCCUUCCUCUGGAGCACGCGACCUUUAACUCGUCUGCUGCUGCUACUACUAUUAUACACUGCUACCUACUCUCCGGUGCGGUAUUAUAACUGGCUUCGCGGCUUCAGGUAUAUACACGGGCAUCAUGACGGAGCGCCGUCAUCGCCAUUGAGGCCCAUCGUCUUCUCCGCCGCUGUUGCAGUGUCGUGUCCAACACGCCGACGGUCGCGCCGACCGCCGAAGAAUCGCAUGACCGCCGUCGUCGUUGUCGUCGGCUGAACUGUACACGGCCGGGUUCGGCGAGCGAUGACCACGACAGCAAACCACCGGGCCGCCACUGGAGGUAACAUGGCUCCCGAACCGGAGGAAGACAUCGCGGCCAUCGCCAAACAGAUAUCGGACCACGCGGAGGCGAUAUACCAGACGUGGAAGGCCCGGGGCCUGGCGCCCAACGAGAUACUGACGUGCCACCGCGAUUCGUCUGCCGCGGCUGACAAGUUCGGCUCGGCGCUGACGCCGCAACCCAAACUACCGGCGGACGUGACGGGCCCGGCACACCAUAACCGUGGCACGCAGCUGGUGGCUGACUCAAAUAGCACCAAUAAUCUGGAACGGCUGGUGAACAAGUUCGUGGUGGAGGACAAGGCCCGGCUGCAGGCGGCCCGGCAGUCGCGUUCGCUGUCGCCCAAGCCGUUUGCAUCGUCCAUUCAGUACGCUCUGCAAAAGUUCGAACAGAAAGCUUCCUCGUCCACCGGCCCCGUCCCCGAGCACCUGCAGCCACAGCCACAGCAACAGCAACAGCAACUGCAGCAGCACGCUGCCGCCAGCAAGCAGAACGUCGGCGGAGGCGGUGCCGCCAAGAGGUACUGCAGCAAGUCGUCGGCGAUGCGGAGCUAUGCGGGGACACCGGUCGCAGACGAAAAUAAGGGCGUGGAUGGGCCUGUGUGGCCGUUCCGGAACGGCGGCAAACCUGCGGCGACCCAGUCGCAGCAAAACACCUGCGACUUUAUGGAUGAGGUGGCCAAAGAGGAACAGCGGCUGAUCGACGCGCUCAAGAACGGGUCGGUGAUCGAGAACAGGAAGACCGAAAAGCCGGCCGUGCCCAGCAAAGAGGGCGUCCUUUUGCGAACGGCCGCCGGAGGUUACGAUGCGGCGGCGACCGGCCACCGUUCCAAGCCAGAGUUCCUCAUCGGUCUGUCCGCGCUCAGCUCGUCCCGGCGGAACCAGCACGCGCACCGGCAACAGGAGCAGGUGCCGCAUCCCGAGCUCACCGACCACCAGCGGGCUAACAUCCGGUCCAAUCACCACCAGUCCAACCCGGUUCGGCCGUUUUUAACACGUGGUUCAGUCGCCGAACGUGUGCUCAUAUUCGAAAAGUGUCCAACCGAAUUGAUGAAGAAUUCUGGCGUCUGCAAUUCUUCAUCGGGUCAAUCUUCGUGGAAGAACAUCGGCUCGGAUGUGCACAGCAAAAUUCAAAACUACUCGAAGGAAACCAAUCAGAAACCUGGAGGUCCUCCACCGCACACUACGUUACAAAGACAUACAAAGGCUAAUCGUAACGUAUUCAUUCCUAGAUUCUACUAUCCAUUUGGCAAACCCGAGAGUCAACAGCAGUGGGAUACGAUUGUCAAAACAAUCACAGAUUUCUUCAUGUCGUUGCCGAAUUCGCAAGCUUCGAAACAUCAUUUCGGUCAAAUCGCAAAGUUAUGUAAUUGCCCACUUUAUUGGAAGCAACCUCUGUUCUUUGCCUGUGGCGGGGACUUGUCCAGUACCAUAGACGUAAAUACCUUCCUUAAUUAUUGGAAAGACGUGUGGUCUUCUUGUCACGACUUGCCAUCAAUAUUCAUACGCAUAUUGGCAAGAAACUCAAAAAAACAAACAUUAUCACCUGAAAACUUCAUCUUAUUAGUCCAAGAUGUGGUCGAUUCGCAUCCCGGCUUAACAUUCCUGAAAACUGCGCCAGAGUUCCAUUCUAGAUAUGUGCACACGGUAAUAUCAAGGAUAUUCUACAAUGUUAACACAUCCUGGAGCGGCGAUCUUAGUCUAGCAGAAAUCAGACGAUCAGAUCUAAUGCGAGUCAUUGACCUAUUAGAGAAAGAAGAAGACAUCAACCAAGUGACUGCUUACUUCAGUUAUGAACAUUUCUAUGUCAUAUACUGUAAGUUCUGGGAGCUGGAUCGAGACCAUGAUUUAUUUAUUAGCAAAACCGAUUUAGCCAGACACAGUGAUCAUGCUUUGUCCACAAGAAUAAUUGACAGAAUAUUUUCUGGGACUGUUACUAAGAGAAAACAAAAGAAUUCUAAUAAUAAUAAUUAUAUAGAAGAAAAAAUGAGUUACACUGAAUUUGUUUGGUUCCUAAUGGCUGAAGAAGACAAACGACAUCCUAGAGCAGUUGAAUAUUGGUUUAGAUGCAUGGAUAUUGACGGUGAUGGUUAUUUGUCUAUGUACGAGCUUGAAUAUUUCUACGAUGAGCAAUUGCAAAGAAUGGAAAGCAUAGGAAUUGAAUGUCUACCAUUCGAGGACUGUUUGUGCCAGAUGCUUGACAUGGUCAAACCGAAGUGCUAUGGCAAAAUAUCAUUGGCUGAUCUCAAAACAUGUAAAAUGACUCCAAUAUUUUUUGAUACAUUCUUUAACCUUGAAAAAUAUCUGGAUCAUGAACAGCGUGAUCCAUUUGCUUCACAGAGGGAUAAUGAAAAUGAAGCAUCAGACUGGGAUAAAUAUGCUGCUGAAGAAUAUGAAAUGUUAGUAGCUGAGGAAGGUGGAAAUGAUGCACCAGAAGAAAUAAAUGGAACUGAUAUUGAAGAUAUCCUGUCACCUAAUUUGGAUGAUGUAUUGAAAUCAUGUACGUUUAAUAAAAUAUCGAAUCAGCCUAGAGUUUUGGUCACUGAUUUCUCUUCACCGUCUACUAUGUAUGAUGAUAAUGAUUCAUCCGACUAUGCUGGCGAUAGUGAUGAUGAUAUUUAAUUUAUAUACACAAUAAUAUAUAAUAAUACAUAAUAAUAAGUUAUGAAUAAAAGUAAUAAUAAUAAUAAUAAUAGUAAUAAUAAUUGUAGUAAUAAUUAUAGUAACACAACCACGUUAUUUCUUUGUGACAAUGGGAAUUGCUGACAUUAUUAUACCAAAGAAUAUAGUUGCUCAUAUUGUCCUCUUGUUCCCAUGUUUUUCUUCUGUUGUUUACUUGAACUUUAAAAUUCAUAAUUUUUGACAAAAUGUUACAUAACAUUAAUUUAUGUGAGUGUUUUUGUUAGUAGGCUAUAGCCUGAAUAUGGUCAUUAUUAUUUUGUUUUAUUUAUGAAAGAUUAAUCGUUGUUGUUUUCAAAAAUGUAUAAAGCAUUAUAAAAGGUGUCUAAAAUUGCACCAUGUACCAGAUUUUAUAUUUGUCAUUAUUAUAAUUUUUUUGUAUGAAAUUUAUAAAUUGUACAUAAUUAAUUCAAUUUUUGACUAGUUAAAUUAAUUUUAAACGCAAGUAGUAUAUUUAUAAUGAUGUAAAAUAUUAUAAAAAAAAACCAAAAUAUCUGUUAAAUAUGUUAUACAAAUCUUAUUGAUAUAGUUAAUGGUUGUGUCUGUUCUGUUAUAAAAAAAAAAACAAAUUAUUAACAUAGUCUAGUCGAAAAUAGAACGUUAUUAUAGUAUGUACUAAUAAUAAUGACAUUAUUUAUUAAUUGCAUAUUUUUAAAAACAAAAUCGUAUGAAAUAUUAAAAUCUAAUUUUCCCUUUCUAUUAUAAUGUGUUUUAUUAUGAAAGUUAAAAAACCUAAUCUAUCAUACUUGUAUGUACUUAUAUAUUUUAAUCUAGUAUUAAAUUGGCUAUGCUGUAUAUUAAAUUUGUAGUGUUUUGACACAACUCAUCUUAAGUGAUAUUUUUCCGUAUUUUUAAUCUUCUAAUCAAUUACCAGUGAUUUUUUUCAAUAGUUAAAAAAAAACUUAUCAUAUAUUUUUUUUAAUUAUCCUUUAUGACCUUUAAAUAGAUCUACAACUUAUUAUUAUCAUACAUUUAUAUAAUUUUAAGUAUGUGUACAGUACAACUACAACAUUAUUCAACAAUAUUCUUACCUAAUUAAAAAAUUAAACAAUGUAGGUAUAAUUCCUAUAAUUUUUUAUACCUAUUUAAAAUUAUUAUUUGACAGUUUAAGUGAUUUGUUUUUGACAUUAACUCACUAGUUGCACAAUUGCACCGUAGAUAACGCUUACCCAACUUUCCCAUGUGUGUUACACAAUUACUUAAAGUUGUCUUCUUUCAAUAUUAUACAUCUUAAUAUUAAUUAUUAAACAUGUUUUUAUGUGUUGUAAAAUUUUGUAAGUAAUUUUAUGGUUGUUUAUCUGUUAAUAGAGAUAAAUAAAAAUUAACAAAAUGUUAUUUUUAAGCGUUUAAA